UAGACCAUCGUAAUAACUUCUUAUGCCUUCUUACCUUUUUUUCCCAGGGUAUUGCAAAUUAGUUACGUGAAGAGAAUAUUGCCGUCAUUGAAUUUGUUGGUAUAGCUGAGAAAGAUUGGAGUCAUGAUUCAAGAAGGGACAAGACAAAAGAAAAAAGUGAAAAUCUCGACAUUCGUUCAAGCUGGAACACUUACAUCUUUGGCAAAUUAGAAAAGGUUGAUGCGGACCAGAAAAAUGAAUAUUCCAGCUAGCUCUAUACGGUUAAAUGAAGAGCGUCAGGUUCUGAAUAAUUUAAUGGAAGAACAUCAACUACCAAUGCCACAACAUCAGAGGGUAGGAGCCCAUUUACAAAGUGAUUCAACCACCCUUACAACACAAUCAGUAGAGCAAGAAGUGCAAUUGGAUGCUAAUACUCCUACAGUAGAUGAACAAGGUAAGUAAAUUUAGAUUUUACAUUAAAGUAUUGACAUCCUAUAUCUAUUUUACUAAAUUGGAGGAUACUUUUGAUUUGUAUUAUUGUAGGAUCUUGUACUAAAAAAAGAAAAAGAGGUAAAACAAGGAUUCUAAAUGUACAUGGAAGGAGUGAACGUAAGUUAAUUUUGGUCAAUGAGUUUGGUCAACCUGUUGGUCCUACUAAAGAUGUUGUGAUGGGGUUUAGCAGCUUCCUCGGUACAUUGGCAAAUAAUUCGACCUUUUGUCCUCUUGAUAUAUUUGAUUGGAGGAAAAUUGACACAAAAGAUGAUUUGUGGGAAUAUACAAAGGUUCUCAGUUCUCAAUUUUAUUUUUGGUUGAACAUGCUUAAUAUUUUUGCACUAACCCAUUGAAACAAUUUGUAGAAAAAAUAUAAUAUUUCUAAAAUUGCAAAAAAAGUGGACUCUAGAUGCAAUUCAAGGUGCUUGGAGAAGGUAUAAGAGUCAAUUGAAAAAAGAUCACUUUAAAGCAUAUCAUAAUGAUGAAAUUCGAAUGGAAAAAAAGCCUGAAAAUAUUCCAGCAUAUCAAUUUAAGGAACUUCUCAAAUAUUGGAACUCUGAUAAACACAAGAAAAUGUCAGCAACUAAUAUUGAGAAUCGAAAAAAGUUAAAGGAUCCAUACACUGCUAGCAAAAAAAGCUUUGCUAUAGUACGCAAUGAUUUGGAAAAAGAGAAAGAAACUUCUGAUCCACUAUCACUUAAGGAUAUCUUUGUUGCUACAAGACAAAGAAAACCCGGUCGAACAUACAAGGAAUCGAAUGAAGAUACAACUAGAAAAAUUGCUGAAAUGGAGAGUAUUGAAACGCAACAAAGUGAAAAUAGUGAUGAGUCAAUUAAUGCAUUUGCAUCAAUCAUGGGACCCGAACAUCCGGGACAUUUGAGAUUGUAUGGGCGGAGGGUUACAAAAACCUCUUUAAAAGGGAAAGUGGGACAUUUUGAACCCUCUUCAAAUACAACAAAUGAUCACAUGCAAAAGAUGGAAGAGAGGAUGAUAAGAUUGGAGGAAAAAAUUGAGGAACAGAAGGAACAAUAUGAGGAACAAAAGACAAUGAUGAGACAAGAAAUUGUAGAAGAUAUCAUAACAAAACUUCAACGUUCUGGAUUACCAAUUGAUGCUAAUAUUUUAGCAACAUUGUAUUCUCGUCCAUUGGGUGAAGCUUCCUCAACACAAGCAGCAACUAUUCACCUAAUUCAUCGACCAUCUCUUGGUAGCAACAAUCAAGGUGAAGAAAAUGAAUAAAAGGGAGAUGAAAGUAGUGAAGACCUUACUUAAAGAGUAUUGGUUGAUCUAUACCUUCAGAUGUUUUGGGACUGUACUUAUUUUUGAAUAUUUUGCAAACUUAUAUGCAAUCUAACUCUUGAAUUGUUAGUCACUAUUCUCUUAUAUUUGGAUAAUACUAGUUGGAUAUUUUUUAUGAUGAUUUUGUGGAUAAA